AUUUUUGUCACGUGUGAACAUUGAACCCUUCAAGGUAAACCUAACUGAGAUCAUCAUCAUGGCCCUCGCAGAGAUUGGAUCGUCUAUUGCAGGAACAUGGGUAUUGGUAAAAAAUGAAAAUCUCGAUGAUUAUCUGAAAGAAAUAGGUGUAAACUUUGUUUUACGAAAGUUAGCAGCGGCAGCUAGUUCAACAAUGAUUAUAAGUGUUGAAGAUGACCAUGUUAGAAUUGUCACCAAAGGACCCAAGGACUCAGAUCACAAAUUUAAAUUAGGCGAAGAGGUGGAGUCAAAUGAUCCCCAGGAUAACCCAAUGAAGGCUAUUGUCACCUGGGAAAACGGCAAAUUAAUCACAGCUGCUAACCCAACGGAAGGAUCAAAGGCAAAGGCAACACGUGUAGAAAGACGGAUAGAGGGCGAACAGUUGAUAAUGGAUGUUUCUGUAAAUGCUGUAAUGAUGAGAAGAAUAUGGAAGAGAAAAAGUUAAACAUAGUGAUAUUUUAUGCUAGCAUAGACUGAGUUUGGUGUGAACAUUGGUUUUGUUUCUUAUUUAUCAUGUUUAUAUGAAUCUACAUAUCAGUUUGUCAAAAAAAAAUCAGAAAAUUAUUGUAUUUUAUCAAUUUAGGGAUAUUGUUACCAUGGUUACAUCAUGAAAAGGUUCCAAAAAGGUAUAUUACCUUGUUGAUAUGACAGCAUUCAUAUAUCAUAAACAAUGAAAUCAUAUUAUAUGCUUAUUCCAGAAACUUUUUUUUUCAAUAGACUUGCUAUAAGUCGUAAAUUUACUCAUAAAGAAAUCUGAGAUAUUACUCAAGUUUUAGAAAUUUACAAAAGAUAUUAAAAUUUUAGGUUCCCAGGGACCAGGCUCCCAGUUAUAAGAUUCAAAAUAUUCUUUUAUGAUUAAUCUUCAAAUUUAACUGCCAGUAUUAGGUUGUUUUGAUUUGUACUGUCAGUAUCAGGUUGUUUUGAUUUUUACUGUCAGUAUCAGGUUGUUUUGAUUUUUACUGUCAGUAUCAGGUUGUUUUGAUUUUUACUGUCAGUAUCAGGUUGUUUUAAAUUUUACUUGGUCGAAUACUAUUAAAAACAUGCCAUGCGGUCAAACUAUUUAGUCAAUAGAGCUGUAUGUUGUACAUGAUUUAAAUUGCUGGCAUUAAAGCCAGCUUCAUAACACUCUUCAAGCUUAUAAAGCAACGAAUUUGUGAUAUUUUAUCUAGUCAUUUGUUAUGGUAUAUCAUUAAAUAUGUUUAAGAGAAAAUUGUUUGAGGAUGCAAAGCAUAUCAUGACCAAGCAUAUCAAGACAGCUGAUUCUUUU